UAGUAUAUAUAAAUCAGCAUGGAGAAAAGGUUAUUUUGAAAUCAGCUGAACAUCGGUUAGAAUUCGCCAACAUGUCAUUUCCCAAGUUUUUUGGUUUUAUAUUAAUCACUCUAGGACUGAUCCGCGCUGAGGACUUGCACACAAGUGCGCCAUUGAUAAAUGAUGGCUUAAAGGGGAAUUGCUCUUGUGGUGGUUUCCCUACAUCCACGCCAGAACCAAACACGGAACCUCUACUUUCCCAAUCUCCGGGACUAGUAGUCAAUUGCGACGAAGAAGGCAGCACCAAAUGUAAAGUCUUGUGUAACGCCAUAGCUACCGCUGCGAAGGCUAAGGGACCUGAAAUACUGUGCAACAGGCUCAAGAAUGCUGAUGAACUUAAGCUGUCAGCAUUCUUUAAAAUUUGCGAGAAGCCUUGGGUAUACGCCGAUAUGACGGCGGACGAGAAUCUAUGCUGUCAAGAUGCUGAAGUGAAGACCUGCGCGUCAGCAGACCACUUAACCACCAUGACAAACAAAGAAUAAUUACUAUACAUCAAAAUAUAAACCUCACUAAAAUAAAGCGUUCCCAUAUACGA